CCUUUCCGUAUUCGCUCCUUCUUCUUCAAAUUCCAGCGUUCUCUUUUUCCUUAGUUCGAGCAGCACGGCGCGCAAAGGCCAACCUGCAAGCUCUCGCGCGUUCCCCACCCAGCAACUGGAAAGCGCUCUACAAGUCUCGCGCAAGCAUGGCAGAACCUGCAUAUACAGUGGCUUCCGACAGCGAAAACACUGGAGAAGAGAAGACUUCAUCGGCUUUUCCUGAAAUUGCAAUUGGAGUUGACAUUGGAACCUCGCAGUGCAGUGUUGCUGUUUGGAAUGGGUCCCAGGUGGAGCUCCUUAAGAACACCAGAAAUCAGAAGUUGAUGAGGUCAUACGUCAUGUUCAAGGAUGAAAUUCCUUCAGGUGGAGUGAGCAGCCAACUCUCUCACGAGCACGAGAUCCUGUCUGGUGCUGCUAUCUUCAACAUGAAACGCCUGAUAGGGCGGGUCGAUACUGACCCUGUUGUUCAUGCGAGCAAAAGCCUUCCAUUUCUGGUACAAACUCUGGACAUUGGUGUUCGCCCAUUCAUCGCUGCGUUGGUGAACAACGUCUGGAGGUCUACAACCCCUGAGGAGGUUCUUGCCAUAUUUUUGGUUGAGUUGAGAGCAAUGGCUGAACUUCAGCUGAAGAGGCCAAUAAGAAAUGUUGUCUUGACGAUUCCAGUUUCAUUCAGUCGAUUCCAACUGACCCGGAUCGAGCGAGCGUGUGCCAUGGCCGGUCUUCAUGUUCUUAGGUUGAUGCCGGAACCUACAGCUGUGGCCUUGUUAUAUGCACAGCAACAGCAACAGCAACAGACUGUGCAAGAUAAUAUGGGCAGUGGAAGUGAGAAACUUGCGCUGAUAUUCAACAUGGGUGCUGGCUAUUGUGAUUUGGCGGUGACUGCUACAGCAGGAGGGGUUUCACAGAUAAAAGCCUUAUCAGGAAGCACCAUCGGAGGAGAGGACAUACUUCAGAAUACAAUGCGCCAUCUAUUGCCAAAUGCUGAAAAUCUUUUCUCUAGUCACGGUGUCAAUGAGAUCAAAUCGAUGGGGAUCCUGCGAAUUGCAACCCAGGAUGCAAUCCACAGACUCUCCUCUCAAACAAGUGUGCAAGUCGAUGUUGAUCUGGGGAAUGGAAUAAAAGUAUGCAAGGUCAUAGACAGGGCAGAAUUUGAGGAGGUCAACAGGAACGUGUUUGUGAAAUGCGAGAGCCUCGUAAAGCAGUGUUUGCAUGAUGCAAAAGUCGAAGUAGAGGAUCUGGCUGAUGUAAUACUCGUGGGUGGUUGUUCAUAUAUUUCAAAAAUACAGAAUCUUGUCAUGGGAAUAUGUAGGAAAGAAGAAAUCUACAAGGGAAUGAACUUGUUGGAAGCUGCAGUUGUCGGCGCGGCACUAGAAGGGGCAGUUGCUUCUGGGAUAAGUGAUCCUUUUGGCAGUUUGGAUCUUUUAACGAUUCAAGCUACGCCUCUUGGCAUUGGGAUACGAGUCGAGGGAGACCAUUUCAUACCCAUAAUUCCAAGAAACACGACUAUGCCUGCGCGAAAGGAGCUGGCCUUCACGACUGUCCACGAUAACCAAACCGAAGCGCUAAUAAUAGUUUACGAAGGUGAAGGGCAGAAAGUGGAAGAGAAUCAUCUGCUCGGCUAUUUCAAAAUCGUCGGGAUUCCUCCUGCUCCUAAGGGAGUUCUGGAGAUAAAUGUGUGCAUGGACAUCGAUGCAUCGAAUGUCUUGAGAGUUCUGGCGGGAGUGGCACUGCCUGGGGCCCAGCAUCCCGCUGUCCCACUCGUGGAAGUGAGGAUGCCGACGGUUGAUGAUGGCCAUGGAUGGUGCGCCGAAGCUCUGAACAGAAAUUAUGGGUCUACUUUGGACCUGGUGACCCUGCAGAAAAAGAUCUGAAGAUAUGUAUUCUGUAUUCAUCUGUCUGUGCAUCUUAUGAAGUUUUCAAAUAACCAGUUAUUGAGCAGAAUAUGUCAUGAAAUGAGUCGAGUUUGUGUUCUGUUGAGUGAGAUAGAUGGUACAUCAAUCAGUGAACGUAGCAAUGUGGUAAUAAAUAAACAUGCAGGGGAACUUUGUUAAUGUACACUAACCUUCUCAAGAGAAACCCUGCUAUUGGUUAUAAAGUAUCUAUGUUUACAUGAA